AUGCAGUUCUACACGCCUGUCUUCCGGUGCGAGGUUGAGGGAGUUGCGGAGACGCAGAGUGUCGUGUUGGAAAAGGAUUCGGACACUGGUUUUGAUGUCGUCGUCACGGAGGAGAAUACCUCGGGCUACAAGGUCAAGGCAAGCCCGCGUCUGGUGGACCGUUGGCUGGAUGCUGUCGUGUGUAUUGCUGGCUCGUCUCCUGUCUUCCUGCUAAUUCUUGGAGGCCUCCUUACUUGGGCUCUCAUGGGUAUCCGCUUUGGUCAAUCCGUCGUCUGGGUCGCCAUGAUAUCCGAUGUUCAAGCUAUUAUGUGCUACGUCUUCGACUCGUUCCUGAUGCGCCAACUACUUCGAGAGUACUCGGAGCAGCGAUCCGCUAUGGCUGAGAUGAAAUCUCGUUGCAGCAGCCACCGCCGAAUGCUCGUCAAACUGAAGGCAAAGAUGGAUCCUGACACUAUUCGCCGCAUCGCAGAGAAGUGCCAGGAUGAGCCUCUGCUUUCUCUGGAUCAUGGACUCCGGACGAAAAGCCUCUUUGCCCGGUCCAUCAUCCUUUCUGCUAAGUUGCUUGGACAUAUCAUAACGGUUGGUCUGUACUGGGUCGGUAUUUUUGUCUGGCUAGGUUUUGGUCAUUACUGUGGCUGGUCAAAUCGGUGGCAGUUGUACAUCAACGAUGCCACUUCUGCACUGAUGGUUUUUGUAUUCGCAUUCUUGGCUUGCCUUCGUGAAUGCUAUGCAGCAUACACCCACAACUGUGUCGAAGCAAUCUUCCGACUCGACUCGGCGCUUGAGAAACAACUCCGUCGUCUCAGCCAGGACGAUCGGCCUAAUACUAGCGAGAUAAUCAUGCCGCCGAAGGAGAGCUACCUCCAAAUUGUCGUCUUCUACUAUGCCGACGUCAUUGGUACAUUGGCGGGACUCAUCAUUCUCCUAUUGGUCAUUAUCACCUGGGCAUCUGUUGGACCCGUCUUCAAGUUCAACAACACCUGGUGGCUUCUCAUCGGUACCUAUGCCGGACUUGUGGGUUUGUUCGACAGUUUCGUUCUUCGCAACAUUCAAGGAAAGGUUCACCAGUACUUUGAAACCCAAGUCGAUGGGCUAGUUGAGGAUGACAAUGUACUUUUCGACGGGCUAUCCCUGCCGAUCCCCUCGGUCGAAGAAUCCAAAGCGCCAUCUCUGAGUCAACGUGCGUCUCGCUACAUGGAUGCAAUCAGCUCAAACCUACUCAUGGUUGUGGCUGGCUUUCUGCUAACCAUCGGCUGUAUCAUUACAUCGAGUGCCAUGCACUGGAGCCUCACUGGACAGUUGAUCUCCAAUGUGCCCCCCAGUAUCAUUGAGACGUUUUUCAUGCUCAUCUUGGUCACCGGACAGAACGAUGCCGAGGCCAAGGCUCGCAUCGACUUGAGGAACAUCUACAACCGAAGACAGCGACUGCUCUCUUUCAUGAAGCAUGUCAAAACUGUUGACCGUGAGAUUCUUUCUGUCUAA